CCCAAGCUGCUUCCCAAACCCAUCAUCACAAGAUCGAUGGAUUUUGUUGGUUUUCUUUUGUGGGUUCUAACUUCUUUCUUGUUACUUACGGCAAAAGCUUGCUCACAACCACAGGAACAGCAGCCACAAGUGCCUUGUUUCUUCAUAUUUGGAGAUUCAUUAGUUGAUAAUGGGAACAAUAAUGGCCUCCUCACGCUGGCCAGGGCUAAUUAUAUGCCUUAUGGACUUGAUUUUCCUCAGGGUGCCUCUGGUCGCUUCACUAAUGGUCGUACAUUUGUUGAUAUUUUGGCUCAACUUCUUGGCUUUCCCAACUAUAUCCCAGCCUAUGCCAGGGUCCGUGGCAGGGCAUUACUGCAGGGAGCAAACUAUGCAUCAGGAGCAUCAGGCAUCCGAGACGAGACAGGAAAUAAUUUGGGGGAUCACACAUCAAUGAAUCAACAAGUAGCCAAAUUUGCUACAACUGUAGAACAGUUGAGGAGGUACUUCAGGGGAGAUAGCAUGGCACUGGGAAAUUACCUGAGCAAGUGCCUAUUCUACUCAGGAUUGGGAAGCAAUGACUACCUUAACAAUUAUUUUAUGACAGAUUUUUAUUCAACCAGAACAGCUUACACCCCAAUAACUUAUGCCGCUUCACUUCUUCAGGAUUAUACCAGGCAAUUAACUGGAUUGUACAAUUUGGGAGCUCGUAAGGUGAUUGUAUCAGCAGUCGGACAAAUAGGCUGCAUACCAUAUGAGCUAGCACGGUACGAUGGCAAUGGUAGCAGAUGUAAUGAAGAGAUCAACAAUGCCAUCAUCCUCUUUAACACUGGACUGCGAAAAUUGGUUGAUCGUUUCAACAACGGUGAACUUCAGGGAGCAAAAUUUGUCUACUUGGAUUCAUUUCAGAGCAGCCAAGAUCUGGUACUCAAUGCCAAAACAUACGGGUUUGAAGUUGUUGACAAAGGGUGCUGUGGAGUUGGAAAGAACAAUGGCCAAAUAACAUGUCUCCCUCUUCAGCUGCCAUGUGAUGACCGAAGAAAGUACUUGUUCUGGGAUGCCUUCCAUCCAACUGAAGUUGCAAACAUAUUGCUUGCUAAGAAAGCAUACAGUUCCAAGUCUAAAUCAUAUGCUUACCCAAUCAAUAUACAACAAUUAACAAUGCUUUAGGACUUUGCAGAAUUUGCUGUAUUUAAUUGGAAAACAAGAUGUAUUCUUCAUAAACUGCUUGGCUAUGUUAAAUUGCAAUCCUUUGAGUC